AUGUGCCAUUACGGGAUGUGCAUUACAGAGAGCUGGGGUCACUGCAGGACCAUCAGCGGCCCCUCACAACACACCUGCAACACCUGCUUCUCUAUAUUUAGCCCCACUCUGUUUAUCUGUCAAUACAAGAAAAAUACUCGAGUGUUUUAUUUUGAAACCGGAAACUACCCGAGUUCGGAAGUAGCUGCUGUCAGCCCGUUUGAGAAGGUGAUUGUUAACGUGUCUGGUCUUCAUUUGAGCUUCCUUCACCAUGUCUCGUGCCCGACAUCCCCCGCUGGUCACGGGCAUCUCCCCCAAAGAGGGUCCAGCCUGGACCAAAGUGACCAUUCGUGGAGAGAAUCUGGGAACAGGUUCAGCGGACCUCGUUGGACUGUCAAUCUGCGGCCAUAA